UUCACUAUGGCUUCCUCAGCCAAAAGGUUUGUCAAGCGGACUGUCGGAUACCCAGAUCCUUACGUGCCGACGGUUACCACAACCGAAUGGGUGAAAAAGACCGCUUCCAAGAGCCCAAUUGACUUUGUGGUUGAUUAUCUGAGAAGCCUCUUCCCAAUCAUUGGAUGGAUCGGCCGUUACAACCUCGGGUGGCUGAGCGGUGACCUCAUCGCUGGGAUCACCGUUGGGAUCGUGCUCGUACCGCAGAGCAUGUCUUAUGCACAAAUCGCAACUUUGGAACCUCAAUAUGGCUUGUAUUCUGCCUUCGUCGGCGUCUUCAUCUAUUGUUUCUUCGCAACGUCAAAGGAUGUUUCGAUAGGGCCGGUCGCCGUGAUGUCUCUUACAGUCUCUCAAAUUAUCAAACAUGUCAACCAGACGCAUCCUGAUGUCUGGCCUGCUCAAACAAUUGCGACCGCUGUAUCAUUCAUCUGUGGAUUCAUUGUCCUUGGGAUUGGUAUACUCAGGCUAGGGUGGAUUGUUGAGUUUAUUCCCACACCGGCGGUUAGUGGUUUUAUGACUGGCUCGGCCGUCAACAUUGCCGCUGGUCAGGUCCCUGGUCUUAUGGGGAUUACUGGCUUUGACACUCGAGCGGCAACGUACAAGGUCAUUAUCAACACGCUGAAGGGCUUACCUCGUACGGAUCUGAAUGCUGCCUUCGGUCUCCCAGCUCUUGUCGCGCUGUACGCUAUUCGUAUAAGUCUUGACAGGCUCUCCAAGCGCUAUCCUAGAAGAGCCCGAACGUUCUUUUUCAUUUCUAUCCUUCGCAAUGGCUUUGUUAUUAUUGUCUUAACGAUUGCGUCGUGGCUAUCUAUGCGUCAUCGUCGUAACUCUAAAGGCAAUUACCCCAUCAAGAUUUUGCAGACCGUUCCGAGUGGAUUUAGACACGUUGGUCCGCCUACGAUCAACAGCAGUCUUAUUUCGGCACUUGCAAGUGAACUUCCGGUCGCAACAAUUAUCUUGCUCCUUGAACACAUUGCUAUCUCUAAGUCGUUUGGACGUCUAAAUGGAUACAAGAUAAACCCUAAUCAAGAGCUGAUAGCCAUCGGCGUUACGAACACCAUUGGUUCGGUAUUUAAUGCGUAUCCUGCUACCGGCUCGUUCUCUCGUUCCGCCUUGAAAUCUAAGAGUGGAGUGCGUACACCACUUGCGGGGAUCUUCACAGGAAUCGUAGUCAUUGUUGCACUCUAUGGUCUUACGCCUGCAUUCUUCUGGAUCCCGAACGCUGGCCUAUCUGCAAUUAUCAUUCAUGCAGUCGCCGACCUUGUCGCUAAACCGUCGCAAGUGUACGGAUUUUGGAGAAUUUCUCCGAUAGAGUUUGUUAUUUGGGUUGCUACAGUUCUGGUCACGGUGUUCUCUACUAUCGAGAACGGGAUUUACACCUCAAUUAUUGCAUCUCUUGUCUGGUUACUCAUAAGAGUGGCCAGGCCCCGCGGAUACUUCCUCGGAAAGGUCACACUUACAUUGAACAGCAAUCAGGAGACUUCUCGCGAGGUCUAUGUACCAUUAAACUCCGAGGAUGGAAAGGAGUCUAAACCUGGCGACAUAAUCGUGCGGCCGCCAGAGCCUGGUGUAAUAGUCUAUAGAUAUGAAGAGAGCGUGCUCUACCCUAACUGCUCGCUUCUAAACGAGGCACUUAUCGAUUAUGUCAAGGAGCAUACACGGCGAGGAAAGGAUAUGAGUGGUGUUAGCCUUAGUGAUCGUCCAUGGAACGACCCAGGUCCGAGGCGUGGACACGAAGCGGAAGAGUUAGCUCGGGAUUCCGGCAAGCCGUUGCUUAAAGCUAUCGUACUUGACUUCUCCUCUAUAUCACAUAUUGAUACGACUGGCGUUCAAGCCCUUGUCGACACUCGGACGGAAGUGGAGCGAUGGGCGGAUCGGAAAGUCGAGUUUCACUUUGCGAACGUCCUCUCUCGUUGGAUACGGCGUGGUCUGGUCGCCGGAGGUUUUGGAAUCGGAAGACCUUCUGCAAUACUACCAUCUGAAGUUGCUCCUGUUGUGUCCUUCGACAACUUACCGCGGAAUGACGUCGACGAUUUGAGAACAGACGAUGUCGAGAAGGUUUCCAGGCGCCGAGUAUCCAAGUCUUCCGCAGGAGGAACGUCAUCACCUAAUGAGGAUUUCGGUCAGCCAGGCUCGCUCGUGUUCGCUGAGACGCCUUUCUUCCACUUUGAUCUACCGUCUGCGGUGAAAGCUGCUGAGCUCGGUGCGCGUGCGAAUACGGAGUCAGUUCGUUCUUCAGAGGAUGCCGCCUCCGCCAGUAAACGAUGAAUAUUCUGUCAUGAUCUGUUGGCUGCCUUUCCCGUGCUCUGGAAUUUUGGAUGGAUUUAUCAAGUGUUAUCUUUCUGGAUAAGUUAGACUCGCGUUCCCACACAUAGUCUAGACGUCGUGUAAUAAUGAUGAAGGAUUUAAUAAAUUUU